UUUGUUGCCUUUAAAAACUUGUUCUAAACAAUAUCCUUCAGAUGGGGGAAGUCUUUGAUUGCAGUCCCUGGCUGAAUAAUGCAGGAGGGGAUACAAGGGUCUUACAUGAUGGCAAAGGUGAGGAAGAACUACCGCAGAGUAAAAGUGAAGAACAGGGAUUUAUAGAUCAAGCUGAAAUCCCAUUGGGAAUGGAAAAUAGAAAUCCUGAGCAAGUGCCUUCACCUCAGAAAGAAGAGCCUCCUACAGAUGCAGCUAGAUUGGGAGAUUUUAACAAUUCAAACUCUGUCAAGAAAAAUAUAGAAUCAACUGCUAAAGGAGAACAAGCUGAAACAUCCUCUCCAACAGAUUCAAUACAAUAUCCUACUAAACUGGCUCCUGCGACUAAACUAUGGACGACAUCGCGAGAUGAUGCAGUUCAGCUCCGAAUGGAAAAGACCUGUUGUGGUGCUGAGUCGCCUCUAACUAUUGCCCAAAUGUUUAAUCAAUCAGUGGCAAGUCAUGGUAACCGUAUUGCUCUCGCUUUCUCGCUGAGAAAUCAUUGGGAAACACUAACCUAUUCUCAGUAUUACAAAGAAUGUAGAAAAGCAGCAAAAAGCUUUCUUAAGCUUGGUCUCCAACGUUUCCAGGGAGUUGGCAUCCUGGGAUUCAACUCUCCAGAGUGGGUAAUCGCAAAUAUAGGAGCAAUUUUAGCAGGUGGUUUGGCUGUUGGGAUUUAUGCAACAAAUUCUCCAGAAGCAUGCAAGCAUGUGGCACAACACUGUGAAGCUAAUGUUCUAGUGGUGGAGGACCAUAACCAGCUGCUGAAAAUUCUGCAGAUUGCACAUCAGUUGCCUCACCUCAAAGCAAUUGUUCAGUACAAGUUUGCAGUGGAAGAAUACAAACCAAAUAUUUUUAGUUGGAAGAAAUUUCUGGAACUUGGGAACAGUGUUUCCGAUGAAGUGUUGGAUGAAAUUAUAGAGUCUCAGAACGCCAACCAAUGUUGCACACUAAUCUACACUUCUGGAUCAACAGGAGUUCCUAAAGGAGUGAUGCUUAGCCAUGAUAAUGGUACCUUAUUGUUUACUUUAAGAGAAGUACGUCCUACAGCCUUUUUAGGCGUACCUCGUGUUUGGGAGAAAAUGGAGGAAAAAAUGAAAGAUGCUGGUGCUGAAUCAUCUGCUUUGAAAAGAAAGCUAGUUAAGUGGGCGAAGGGUAUUGGCCUGCAAACAAGUUAUAAUAUGAUGGACGGAAACACAUUGCUGCCUUGUGGAUACACCUUGGCAAAUCAGCUGGUAUUUAAGAAAGUUCGUGUUUUAUUGGGCCUGGACCAAUGUAGUAAGUGCUUUACAGGAGCAGCACCUAUUACCAAAGAAACACUGGAUUACUUCCUAAGCCUUCGCAUCACAAUUUUUGAACUUUAUGGGAUGAGUGAGAGUUCAGGUCCACACACCAUCUCUCAUCAAGACUUCUAUCGAAUUACAAGCUGUGGAAAGGAGAUGAUGGGAUGCAAAACUAAGAUUGACAAACCAAAUGAAGAAGGCACUGGAGAAAUAUGUUUUUGGGGAAGACAUGUCUUCAUGGGAUACUUGAAUAUGCCCGAACAGACUAAAGAAGCUCUAGAUGAAAAGGGCUGGUUGCACUCAGGAGACGUGGGAAGAUAUGAUGAAGAUGGAUUUCUUUAUGUCACAGGCAGAAUAAAAGAGUUGUUGAUCACAGCUGGUGGAGAGAACAUAGCUCCAGUCCCCAUCGAGGAUGCUGUUAAGGCAAAACUUCCUAUCAUUAGCAAUGCCAUGCUCAUUGGUGAUAAAAGGAAAUUCCUCUCCAUGCUUCUCACUUUGAAGACUUACAUGGAUGAUGAAACAGGAGCCCCACUAGAUCAAUUGGCUCCAGCAGCUCUUGCAUUUUGCCGCAAGUUUGGAUGCCCAGCUAACACCGUGUCAGAUGUGUUAAGGAUGCAAGAUCCUUCAGUUUACAAAGCCAUUCAGAAUGGAAUUGAUGCUGUCAAUAAAGGUGCCAUAUCUCAGGCUCAGCAAAUUCAUAAGUGGGUCAUUUUGAAAAAAGACUUCUCGAUUGUUGGAGGAGAACUAGGUCCAACAAUGAAACUGAGAAGGGGAAUUGUUUUGAAAAUGUACAAAGAUAUAAUUGAAUCAUUUUAUUUCGAUUGAAGUCUUUCCAUGAAUGGUUGAGCGAGUACAAAAUCAUCCAAAUCUUGUUUUGGAAUCUGCACCAAUCUUUCAUAGUUUGUGAAAUUGUCCACCGUUCAAUAAGCAUAAAUCUCUAUUUUAAAAUGAAUUACAAUUGUGAUGAUUGGACAGUUGUGUGUUGAUGGCAGGAACAAGCACUAUUGUAAUAAUUUUAAUAUUAUCCAAAUAAAAAAAAAGUACAAA